AUGUUGGGCACCACUGAAGAAUGCGCCCCCAUACAUGUCUUCACUGAUGCAAGCGAAGCCGCCUAUGGUUGCGUGGCUUAUCUCCGUGUGGUCGUGGACGAGACCGUGCGAUGUUCCUUAGGCAUGAGCCGUUCUAAGGUGUCACCCAUCCAGCAGUUGUCGAUCCCUCGAAAUGAGCUGCAGGCAGCAGUGCUGGGGGCGAGAUUAGCUGAUACAGUGCAAAAGAACCAUCGUCUUCCAAUAACUCAACGAUAUUUUUGGACUGAUUCACAAACAGUUCUCUCGUGGAUCAGAUCCGAUCAACGAAAAUACUCACAAUUCGUGGGUCAUCGCAUCGGAGAAAUUUUGAGCAACACGAAGCUUUCGGAGUGGCGUUGGGUCCCUACAAAAUCCAAUGUGGCCGACCUGCUGACCAAAUGGAGUGUAGGUUCCAAGCUGACAGAUGAUAGUGUGUGGUUCGUUGGACCGCAAUUUUUGUAUGAAACCGAAGAAAGGUGGCCUUCUCAGCGGCCGCCCAAAGCAAAUGUUUCCGAAGAAUUAAGGGCUCAGUUCUUGUACCAUGAUGUGUUUAUUCCGGAACCUUUUAUCGAUGUCUCAAGAUUUUCCAAAUGGUUGGUACUGCAACGAACCUUAGCGUGCGUUUUAAGAUUUGUAUCCAAUUGUAGGAAGAAACGACUAAAUCCCCGAUCUGUUAGAGAUUGGAUCGCCAUAGAGAAGUGUAGUCCGCUGUAUAAGUUAACGCCAUUAUUAGACGAAGAAGGUCUUAUUCGUAUGGAAGGCCGAACAGAACACGGCGAACUGUUGCCUUUUGAUAUGCGAUUCCCUAUAAUUUUGCCCAAAGAACAUCUGAUCACUGCUAAAUUGACGCACAGUUAUCAUGAGAAGUACGGUCAUGGUUACCGUGAUACCGUGAAAAACGAAUUGAAACAGCGCUUUUGGAUUCCCAACGUGGGAGCAGUUAUUCGAAAGGUAUCCAAAGAGUGUGUCUGGUGUAAAGUAAAUCACAAUCGUCCUCAAGUACCAAGAAUGGCACCAUUGCCUUACCAACGUGUUACACCAUAUCUGCGACCAUUUAGCUACGUCGGCGUGGACUAUCUCGGACCUGUUGAGGUCACUGUUGGGCGGCGCACGGAAAAGCGUUGGAUUUGUUUAUUUACAUGCUUGGUGAUUCGGGCUGUGCACUUAGAGGUUGCUCAUUCUCUGACGAAUGAAUCAUGCUUGAUGGCUAUAAGACGGUUUGUCGGUCGCAGGGGCCCACCACGAGAGUUUCUGUCCGACAACGGGACCAAUUUUAAAGGUGCCUUCAAAGAGCUGCAGAAACAGAUUCGAGACAUCAACAUGGAGUGUGCCAACGAAACUACUACCGUUCUAACAGGAUGGAAGUUCAAUCCCCCAGCCACGCCCCAUAUGGGUGGCAUAUGGGAGAGGCUAGUAAGGUCGGUGAAGGAAGCUCUGUUCGCACUACAUGAUGGAAGGCGCCUAACGGAUGAAAUACUGCAAACUUCCAUGAUUAAAGCUGAGGAUAUGAUCAACGCUCGCCCUUUAACAAGUGUAUCCGGAGACGUAGCAGAAGAAGAAGCUCUAAGUCCAAAUCACUUUCUUCGAAGUUCUCCUACGAAUGAAAUUGAUUCAGUACCACCGUAUCCUCAAGAUGCAGUUUCUUUGCGCAAUUCAUAUCAGCGUUCCCAGCAGUUAGCGUACAAGAUGUGGGAUCGCUGGAUCAAGGAAUACGUUCCCAGUUUGAACCCGCGCUCUAAGUGGCAUGAUGAAACGAAUCCUGUGCAGAAAGGAGACUUGGUAUACAUCGUCGAAGGAACCAACCGGAAGUGCUGGGUGCGUGGAAUCGUUGACGAGCCUGUGGUGUCUGCUGAUGGAAGAAUUCGUCAAGCUUGGAUUCGUACGAACGAUGGAAGGUUGAAACGAGGUGUGGCUAAGCUAGCGGUGCUCGAGAUAAGUUCAGGUAAAACCGAACCGGAAGUGACUUCCGGACCAGAUUUACGGGUCGGGGAUAUGUUGGGCACCACUGAAGAAUGCGCCCCCCUCGAUAAGGUUGGAUAG